UCAAAACGAAAAUACGAGAGAGGUUGAAAAGACGAUGUAUCAAAGUGUAAUUUACCCAAUGGAAAAUCAUCUGCUUAGCACGGGAUACGAGGUCCCAUAGAUUUUCUGCAGUUUCAGCUCUCAAAGAUUGAAUUACAGAUUGAGGAAUACUUCAAUUUAAUGCUUCUUUCAGCAAAUUUAAACCAGCAACCAUGGAAUUCGGCAAUCCCAACUUUAGUUCUCCUCAAGAAAUGCAAGAGAUUAAGCGACAUAAAUCAAAUCCAUGCAAGACUGCUAACAACUGGGUUUAUCAAGAACACAUUUCUAACCACCAAAAUCAUACUUUCAUUCUCCACUUCACUACACGCACCUCUCAUUGAAUUCGCUCGCUUCAUUUUCUUUAGACAUCAUGCUUUUGAAUUCGAUGAAAAAGAAGAAGAAGAGAAAGACCCUUUUCUUUGGAAUGCUAUAAUCAAAACAUACUCUCAUGGGAAUGACCCGAAAGAGGCUAUGUGGCUUGUUUCUUUAAUGCUUGAGAACGGGGCUUUUGCUGAUAAGUUCACGUUGUCUCUGGUUUUGAAAGCGUGCUCUCGAGUGGGUCUGGUUAAGGAAGGAAUGCAGAUUCAUGGGCUUUUGAAGAAAUUGGAAUUUGGCUCUGAUUUGUUUUUGCAAAAUUGUUUGAUUUCUUUCUAUGUAAAAUGCGGGUGUCUUGUACGUGCCCGCCAAGUGUUUGAUAGAAUGCCAAAAAGGGACUCAGUUUCGUACAAUUCAAUGAUUGAUGGAUAUGUUAAAGGUGGGAGAAUUGACUUGGCACGUGUGCUGUUUGAUUGUAUUCCAUUGGAGGAAAGGAACUUGAUUUCUUGGAAUUCGUUGAUACGUGGAUAUGCGCAAUCUGAAGAUGGAAUUUGGGUUGCUUGGCAGCUGUUUGAGAAAAUGCCUGAGAGGGAUUUGAUUUCCUGGAAUUCGAUGAUUGAUGGUUGUGUGAAAUGUGGGAGGAUGGAAGAUGCUCAGGGUUUGUUUGAUAGGAUGCCUAACCGGGAUAUUGUUAGUUGGGCUAAUAUGAUUGAUGGGUAUGCCAAGAACGGAAGGGUUGAUAUUGCUAGAUCUUUGUUUGAUGAAAUGCCCGAAAGAGAUGUCGUCGCAUGCAAUGCCAUGAUGGGUGGUUAUGUACAAAAUGGAUAUUGUAUGGAAGCUUUGGGUAUCUUUUAUGGUAUGCAAAGUGAUGGUAAUUUUUUGCUUGAUAAUGCUACACUGUUGAUUGCUCUUUCAGCAAUUGCUCAAUUAGGACAUAUUGACAAAGGGGUAGCAAUACAUCGCUUUAUAGAGGAAAUUGGGUUUUCUUUGGAUGGGAGACUUGGCGUUGCCCUCAUUGACAUGUAUUCCAAGUGUGGCAGUAUAGAGAACGCCAUGAUGGUAUUUGAAAACAUAAAUGAAAAAAGUGUUGAUCACUGGAAUGCUAUUAUUGGAGGGCUGGCCAUUCAUGGCCUGGGUGAAUUGGCUUUUGAUUUUCUAAUGGAGAUGGAUAGGAUGCGAGUUGAACCAGAUGAUAUAACGUUCAUCGGAUUGUUAAAUGCUUGUGGGCAUGCUGGCUUGGUGAAAGAAGGUAUGAUGUGUUUUGAGCUUAUGAGAAGAGUUCACAAGGUGGAGCCAAAACUGCAACACUAUGGAUGCAUGGUUGACAUUCUUGGCCGAGCAGGGCACAUAGAAGAAGCCAAAAAUUUUGUAGAGGAAAUGCCUUUUGAGCCGAAUGAUGUGAUUUGGAGGAGUUUGCUUAGUGCUUGUAAAACGCAUGAAAGCUUUAAUGUCGGACAGCCUGUAGCUGAGAAUCUAAUGAGGCUAGAUUCUCCAAGCCCAAGUUCUUAUGUGCUUGCAUCAAAUAUGUAUGCUGGUCUUGGUAAAUGGAACGAUGUCCGCAAGGUUAGGGGAAUGAUGAAGGAAAAAAACCUGAAGAAAAUUCCUGGCUGCAGUUGGAUUGAACUAGAGGGACAUGUUCAUGCAUUUUUUGUGCAGGAUAAAUCCCAUCCUCAAUUUACAGGGAUCUAUUCCAUAUUGGAUAGUCUAUCAAUGACCGAUUCAGAGCAUAGCUAUUGUAAAAAUGUCAAAAUGUAACUCUGCUGUACACUUGUUUGAUCACCAAACAUGUUUAUGUUCUUGUGCAUACCUUGGACAAAUUCUGCCUGGCUAGCUCCCUAAACCGCAAUAUUUAUUUUACGAUCGUGCAUUUAUUCAAAAUCAUGUUUCAUAA